AUGUUUUUCUCCGCACCAGAUUCGACGUUGGGGGCUACUGGAGUCAACUCUUCGGUGCACUUGAGCGAACGGGGUCUUGCUCGUCUAAAGGCAAUCCUUGAAGAUACGACAUCCAUUAUGCACUACCUUCCAGAGCGUUACUACGACCCCGUGCAUAACCGUGACGGCAUGAUUGUCAUGGGUGUAGCGGAGAACCAGCUAAUGACUGAGGACUUCAACAAUUAUAUCAAGCAGCAUUUUGCCUUGGAAAAGGAUCAUUUCAGAUACCGCGAGUUUCUCCGUUGCACGAAUCUCACGUUGCAAAGGGGAUUCGUGACAAAUACCGACCAGGCACUACCCCUAUACAUCAACGAUACCUUCUCUCCCUUGGAGCCAGUCACCUCCGAAAACUCCGUCGUAGGGCCUGGAGUAGGAACACUCAUCACGGAGUUCUUCUGGCAGAUAUGCGACGUUGGAGAGCUUGCCCUCGUUACGGCGUUGAACGCGGUGGAAAUCCCUCCAGAGGUUGAUCCUCUGUCUCCGGAGGUGGUUAGCUACCUUGAACAGAGGAUCAAGGAGGAAAAGCAAAAGCCCAUACGAGCUCUCAUACUUUGCAACCCGCAUAACCCUCUAGGAAGGGUUUACCCGAAGGAAACAAUUAUCGCAUAUGCUAAGUUGGCGGAGAAGUACGAUCUUCACCUUCUUGUUGAUGAGAUAUACGGCAACCAGGUAUAUAGUUCCAAGGUCGUACCGCAUCCGCCGCCGUUCGUCUCCAUACUCUCCCUCAACUUGAAGGAGCUGGCUGGAUGCAAUCCUGCGCGAGUGCACGUUGUGGCCGGUCCGCCAAAGGACUUCGGUGCCUCGGGCCUUCGUAUCGGCAUCUUCGUCUCCCAGAACCCCGCUCUCAUCAAGCUGCUGCAAGCUUCGAUGAUGGGAAACGCUAUAUCCAACUCGACUGACGCCAUCUUUACCACCGCCUUGAUGGACAGAGAGUGGCGCAACAACUUCUUAGCGGAGAACAAGAAACGCGUCGGAGAGGCUUAUGAUAGGGUUCACGCGUGGUGUACCAAGUUCGGCAUUCCCAUCCUUGAAUCCUACGCCGGCCAGUUUGCCGUGCUCGAUCUCACCGAGAGGCUUAACCAGCUCUUUCCUCACAUGAGCGCACUUGAGCAAAGGACUGCCGCAAUCAAGGACAUGGCGAAAGCGAAUGUGCUAAUGUGGCAUACUGGAAAAGACCAGGUUCCCACCCGCUUCCGCAUGGUGUUCGUCUGCGAGCCAGAAAUCUUGACGCUCGCUCUUCGUAGGCUUGAAAAUGCUUUCCAGCUUAAGAGUGUGAACGGCGAGAACUGA